AUGGCCCAACGAGUCGUUGUUGACGGUUCUCAGCCCAGGCCACAGCCAGGCCAGCUUGUCCAUUCGCGUCGCGAAAUCGCGACAUUUGUGAAUGAUGUUCGCCAAUUUUCGUUAUAUGUGCAAGCACUUCAAAUAUACUAUGAUCGAGUCAGAACAGAUGUGGUAUCCCAUUGGCAAAUCGGUGGAAUUCACGGCCAACCAUAUGUCGAUUGGAACGGCACUCCUAGUGGUGGCCGUGGCUACUGUGUUCACCGUACACCUCUGUUCCCGACUUGGCAUCGACCAUACAUCGUUCUUUUUGAGCAAGAAGUACAGAAAAUUGCACGCGAGAUUGCGGCCGCAUACACUCACGAUCGUCCAGCUUGGGAAGAGGCAGCGGCAGCAUUGCGUCAGCCCUAUUGGGGAUGGGAUAACAUUGCGACAGUUGUUCCGCCGCUUCAGGUCACGACGUCGCCUACUGUUAACAUUGUCAAGGCACACAGUCCAACACCUGUGUCUGUUCCGAACCCAUUCUUGACAUACGCAUAUCCUGCGGGUGCAAAUUCCGUGUUUAGUCCACCUUUCAAUAUCUGGCCACGUACUACACGUCAUCCAGAUGCUUCGGGUAACAGCCAGCCAGCUUUGCUUCGAGCCGCCCUUGAGGCUGUGGGUCCACAGAUUGUAAACAAUACGCAAAGGCUCAUGUCCAUCACAACUUGGGAUGCCUUUACACUUGGAAGCGCCGGAACAACUGGAUUAGAGGGUAUCCAUGACACAAUCCAUGUCCAAACAGGAGGACAAAAUGGCAACAUGGCGUUUGUUCCAGUAGCUGCCUUUGAUCCAAUAUUUUAUCUGCAUCACGCGCAAGUUGAUCGUGUUAUCGACCUCUGGUACAGCAGACAUCGCGUCUGGACCGCAAACACAGAUGAUCUAUUGCCGUUCCGGAGAACUCAGACCGCCUACUGGAAAUCUCCAGAAAUCAUCGACAAUAGCGGUGUAUUUAACUAUAGCUAUGGUGGGAUUGUUAAUGUCCAAUCCGAAUCCGGUGAAGGUGCUGCAGUGGACGAACAAAGUGCAGCUUCCAUGGGCACCAAUCUCGAAUGGAGCGUACGUGUGGAAUGCAAAGAGUACGAAAUCGGAGGGAGUUUCUCCGUUUAUGUUUUCAUGUCCAACGAAGUGCCUUCCAAUCAAGCGGAAUGGCUGUUCCACCCAACCUUUGCCGGUACCUUCGAUGUUUUUGCCAAUCCACACCCCGAGGAGUGUGCCAACUGUAGCGCUCACGCUGAUGAAACAAUCAAGGGAUUCAUACAUAUUAAUAAAAAGUAUUUGGAAAGAUCGAAGAAGGCAACCCUUGACCCGGCCGUCGUUAUUCCUUAUUUGAAGGAGCACAUUAGCUGGGCGGUCGUAAAGGCAAACGGAGAAGUCGCCGACAUUCAUAAGUUCUCUUCACUCAAGGUGACUGUGAUAUGCAUGCCUCUCACCCUCACCGACGGCGCACAUUACCCUGUCGAGGGACAUCCAAAGAUAUAUCCUGAGAUCACUCGUGGACGUGUUGGAGGUAGUGAACUCGAAUAG